CUGUGGCCGCCCGCCUUGCCGGGUGUGUAACGUAACUUUGCUCCUGCCCUGUGCCCAGGUCGUGCCCUCCCGGGUGGGAUCCCGCCUCCAGCCGGCCCUGAGCCAGGAGCCGAGGGAUGAAGGCUUUGCACGCCUGGCUGCUGGGCCUGCUGCUGCUGGGACUGGCCCUGCGGGGGGCUGCGAGCCAAACCCACCCGCACUCCAUGGAGAUCCGCAACCCUGACAUCGAUCCCGCCUGGUACGCGGGCCGCAGGAUCAGACCCGUGGGCCGCUUCGGCCGGAGGACAGCAGCCCCCCCGGGAUGUCGUGAACUGGCCAGGCUGCUCCCCGCUGAAAGGAGGCGCUGAACCCUC